CGGCCGGCGGCACUGGGUCCCCAGCGCGGGGACCCUCGGGGUGGACGUGCUCAAGCGCCAAGUCACUAGUGGUUGAGUGUCCUCGAGGGUCACACGCACGUCCCUGGUACCGGAGGCCAGGCCGCCGUCCGGAUUGCAGGGGCGGGGGGACCCGGCCGGGGUGCCCCGCUGGAGGGGUGCUCACGUUCCUCUCGCGGUGGGAGAGGGCGUGGACAGGACCCUUGCCCGACGAGGUGUCGUGUUGAGGAGCGUCUCCGGCGGGGGAGGGUUUCUGCUGCUUCCUUGGCUUCUGGAAAGCUGGCUGGGGAGUAAUGACUGGGGGGCAUCCGGUAGAGAUUGGAGUCGGAGACCCAACUUCACGCUGCCCGAGGUAGGGUGCCUGGGGCCGUGGUUCCCUCCCAGGCCAGUGGCGCUCAGCUUUAGGCUGGUGCUGAGAGAGGUGUUUGGACCCAUUGGACGUCACCUGGCUACUCGGGGCUGGAGAGAGGUGUUCUUGAGUCUGUGGGUGCGUGGCUGAGGAGCUAAGUUUUAUCUCGGCUGUGAUCCGAGGAGUCAGAAGUCCUGUCAGAUGGGAGUGAGUGUCACUCAGAAAAAGUCAGAGUAGCCUGACAGUUUGAUCCUGGAUGCUCAGAAGAAGCUUAGCAGCAUCACCUCUGCCCACAGGCUGGGCUGUCGUCUGAAGGGUUAAAUGGGCAUGAUGUGUAACCGAGAGUUGGAAGGAUGACGACUUUAUAUACUUAAAUAUCUUAAACUUUACAAGGACAUUUAAACAUAUACUUGUGUCACAAGGGAUCAGACUUUGCCGUGGACUGUAUUCGCAUCAUCAACAUUCUGUGGGUCGCUGCUUACAAGGCGAGCCUCUGCUGAAGCACUGAGAGCUGUGGGGUCCCCACGUCCUCUUUCAUGUUCUCAUUUGAGGUUGGCUGUAGGCAGCUUAAUUAUUUUUUUUUCCAUGCCCACUGCUCUUAGAAUUGGCUCUGAUACUUUUCCUUGCCUAGAAAACAGCAGGUCUUGAAGCUGAGGUAUGACGGUGUUGCCCGGCCCAAUUCAUGUGCAAAUGGCCCUGCUAUCUGUCGACUAGGUGGGAUGGUGGCCAUGUAGUCCUGAUAAGUAUAGAGAUUCAUGUGCACACCUUCCACAAGUGUUCCACUUUCUGUGGCAACAACUGUCCUCUCUCCAGGCAACUCCUAAAUUCACUUAUUUAUUUAACACUUGUUAACUUGGUGCCCGCUGUGUGCAAGGAACUGCUGAAGAUGAGACACAGUGUAUGAUCCAGUAAAAUAAAGCGGGGAGAGAGUGAUGGGUGGGUGUGAGCACUUAGGAGGGGCAGUGAGCCAGUGGAGGUCUUGGGGCGGGGGGUGUUUGGGACCUUUCUCCCCAGCCCUGCCUCUCCGUCCUGCUCUCCAGAAUCUCCAUGGAACUCAAGGUCUUCCAGCUAAGUGUCCUCUUAUCUCAAACUAUCUUCUCUCCCACUGCCCACCUUCCUCUAGCACCCACCCCCAUCCUCUGACUUGUCGUGCCUUCCAGCCACCCCUCCUCCUAUCUGGUCCUCAGGUGUCUCUUUUAGGUUGGCUCUGCCGCUUCUGCUGUGACCCUCACGCUCCAGUGCAGUGACAGCUGGAUGGUUGACAACACUUUACUGAUGUGCCCAGCACCAUCUCUAGGGCACCAUGAACGCCAUCGUCGCGCUCUGUCACUUCUGUGAGCUGCACGGCCCCCGCACGCUCUUCUGCACAGAGGUCCUGCACGCCCCACUGCCACAGGGGGCCGGUAGCGGGGAUGGCGCCGGCCGGGGCGAGCCUGCGGACGAGGAUGAGGGCGGCAUCCAGAUGAGCAGUCGCAUCCGUGCGCACAGCCCAGCAGAAGGUGCCAGCGCGGAGUCCAGCAGCCCAGGGCCCAAGAAGUCGGACAUGUGUGAGGGCUGCCGGUCACUUGCUGCAGGGCACCCCGGCUACAUCAGCCAUGACAAGGAGACCUCGAUCAAGUAUGUCAGUCAUCAGCACCCCAACCACCCCCAGCUCUUCAGCAUCGUCCGCCAGGCCUGCGUGCGGAGCCUGAGCUGUGAGGUCUGCCCCGGCCGCGAGGGCCCCAUCUUCUUUGGGGACGAGCAGCAUGGCUUCGUGUUCAGCCACACGUUCUUCAUCAAGGACAGCUUGGCCCGGGGCUUCCAGCGCUGGUACAGCAUCAUUGCCAUCAUGAUGGACCGCAUCUACCUCAUCAACUCCUGGCCCUUCCUGCUGGGCAAGAUCCGCGGGAUCAUCGACGAGCUCCAGGGCAAGGCGCUCAAGGUGUUUGAAGCGGAGCAGUUCGGGUGUCCGCAGCGUGCCCAGAGGAUGAACACAGCAUUCACCCCGUUCCUGCACCAGAGGAAUGGCAACGCCGCCCGCUCGCUGACAUCCUUGACCAACGAUGAUAGCCUGUGGGCCUGCCUGCACACCUCCUUUGCUUGGCUCCUGAAAGCAUGCGGCAGCCGGCUGACUGAGAAGCUCCUGGAAGGCGCACCCACUGAGGACACCUUGGUCCAGAUGGAGCAGCUUGCAGAGUUGGAAGAGGAAUCAGAAAGCUGGGACAACUCUGAGGCUGAAGAGGAGGAGAAAGGCCCUGCCCUGCCAGAGGGGGCAGAGGGGCGGGAGCUGACCAAGUGCCCAGCGGAGUCUUCCUUGCUCUCAGACUGUGGAGCUUGGCAGCCACGGAAGCUCUCCGUGUUCAAAUCGCUUCGGCACAUGAGGCAGGUCCUGGGUGCCCCAUCUUUCCGCACACUGGCCUGGCACGUCCUCAUGGGGAACCAGGUGAUCUGGAAGAGCAGAGAUUCAGACCUCGUCCAUUCAGCCUUCGAAGUCCUUCGGACCAUGCUGCCCGUGGGCUGUGUCCGUGUCGUCCCCUACAGCAGCCAGUAUGAGGAGGCCUACCGCUGCAACUUCCUGGGCCUCAGCCCCCACGUGCAGAUCCCUCCCCACGUGCUGGCCUCAGAGUUUGCUGUGGUCGUGGAGGUCCACACAGCCACUCGCUCCAGCCUCCAUGCAGUCGGGUGUGAGGGUGAGCAACCUCUCAGCAAGUACGAGUUUGUGGUGACCAGUGGGAGUCCUGUAGCCGCAGACCGAGUCGGCCCCACCAUCCUGAAUAAGAUGGAGGCUGCUCUGACCAACCAGAACCUGUCCGUGGACGUGGUAGACCAGUGCCUCGUGUGCCUCAAGGAAGAGUGGAUGAACAAAGUGAAGGUCCUUUUUAAAUUCACCAAGGUGGAUAGUCGGCCCAAAGAGGACACACAGAAGCUGCUGAGUAUCCUUGGAGCGUCUGAGGAGGACAACGUUAAGCUGCUCAAGUUCUGGAUGACAGGCCUGAGCAAAACCUACAAGUCACACCUCAUGUCCACGGUCCGCAGCCCCACGGCCUUGGAGCCUCGCAACUGACCCCACCGUGGGAAUGAGCAUCCCUGCUGGGAAGUGGCAAUGGCCAACUUGUCGUGAUGCUCAGACACAGGUCUCUGAUGGCGGUCACAGGUGGUCCUCCUGUAUCCGAAUGCCGACCUGACCCUGUUUGCUCAGAAGGAGUGGAAGCUGUUGGAACUGAACUCUGCUCUCUGUGUGGGGUUUGCGCCUGGUGUGGUUCUUGGCACCAUCCCACAGACUUUGAGCUGCUCCAGCCCUGAAGAGGGCAGUUGGAGACUUGUGACAGUUUGUCCCCUGCAUUCGCACCCCCUAGGAGAGAAGAACGGACAGAAAAUAUGUAUCUCCUGUCUGGUCAGCCUCGCUUGAGGUACCUCAGCCUCACUGUCAGAUCCUGUCAAGGUUAGCAGUUGAACCUUUCUAUUCUGAAAUUCAGCAAGGGUUUUCCAGGUUUUGUGUGUGUCGUGAGUUUCCCUGUAGUUAUGGGUUUUCAGAGUAUGUGCUAAUCUGGAGUCACUGCUAAUAAUCUGGCUUCAAGUCAGGGCUCUGGGAAUGGCUCUGGGUGGAGUGGAUAUUCCACGCUCAUCAUUGGAGCAUCUGGAAUUCGUAUUUUAAGUCAUCUGACCACCACUCUUCUGGCCAUUCUCUGCUGUGGUUGCUUUGAGAGUACCCUGAGCUUGAGGACAAGCCCUGAUCUUUUUGCACAGAGAUGACACUCUGCUGAAAUGCCAACUGGAGUCCUUUGACUGACUUGGCUCACUAUGUAUGCAGCUGAGACACCCAUCAUAGUUUUCUUCCAUAUCACUCUGCCCUUGAUUGCUUCUUUAAAUGUCUGCAUUUGGCUGCAGUUAAUUUUGGUGUCUAAAGACAGGUUCAUCAUCCCUGUGUACAUUUUUAAUAAGGAUUUGUGGUUUGGAAGGAUUUUCCAGUAAUUUUGCUGAUUUGUUUAUAGUUUUUUGUGUUUAAUUUAUAUUUAACAGGAAGACCAUGUUUAUAUGACUAGGUAUAUGUAUUGUGCAAGAACAUCAAAAUAAUAAAGAUAUAUUUUUAUAAA